AUGUCCCGCGAACAAUACCAAGUCCCCAACCUGGGCGGCGGCGCCCAGAACGCCUUCGGUGAUGCCGGUGGCCCCAUGGACGGCCCUGUCGUCGCGUACCUGUGCGGCGAGUGCAACUCUCGUGUUUCUUUGAAGAGGGGAGAUCAGAUUCGCUGCAAGGAGUGCGGUCAUCGCGUUUUGUAUAAGGAGCGGACGAAGAGAAUGGUUCAGUUCGAGGCUCGGUGA